AUUUUUAGGAUGAAGUUUGACAGCAUCCUGCAGGAAAUCAACGGUUUUGGGCCUUUCCAAAUCUUCAUCCUCAUUCUGCUGUACACCCCUCUAAUAGUCCUGCCUUGUAACUUCUUGUUGAUCAUCUUCAUCGCAGCAGAGCCUCCUCAUCACUGCGACAUCAGCACCCUGGAUUAUGGAGAACUCUGGGAGAAUUUAACUCAGGAUCAGAAACUGAUCAUCAGUAUUCCCAGACAAGAAGAUGGGAGCUUCAAAUCCUGUGAGAUGUUUGCAGAGCCUCAGUUUCAGCUCUUAUCUAACUCCUCUGAUAGCGCUAACAUACCAACAAUUCAGUGUAUGAGUGGAUGGGUGUAUGACAACUCCACCUUCACCUCCACCCUGGCAACAGAGUUAAACCUCGUCUGUGAUAGAAAAAGCCUGACAAAAACCAUCGGCACGAUCUUCUUUUUUGGUGUGAUGUUAGGUGCCGUAUCUUUUGGAUACCUUUGUGAUAAGUAUGGGAGGAAAAACUCUCUUUUAGUCUCGUACACCAUGGCGUUUGUAUUCGGCUUCUCCAGUGCCUUUGCAAACUCCUACAUCCUGUUUGCUGUGCUGAGAUUCCUCACUGGGGUUGGACUUUCAGGAAUCAGCAUCACUGCAGCAGUUCUCAACAUUGAAUGGGUGGACACUGUUCAUCGAUCGUUGAUAGGUGUGAUGAGUACUCUGUCCUGGUCUGUGGGAAACAUGCUACUGGCUGGGUUUGCCUUCCUGGUCACCGACUGGAGAUCUCUUAUCCUGACUGUGACAGCCCCACUAGGGUUUGCAGUACUGACCUGGUGGUGGCUUCCUGAGUCAGCGCGUUGGCUUUUAGCCAAUGGUAAAGUGGAGAGAGCCCAGUUUUAUCUUGAUAAAUGUGCGUCAUUCAACAAAAGACCCAAACUCUCAAGCAAAAUGAAACUAGAGGCACUAUCCAGUGUAGAAAUCCAGGAGAAGCAGGACAAAAACUACACUUACCUUGACCUCUUCAAGACCCCAAAGUUGAGAUUGCUGUCUCUAAAGUCUGCAGUUGUUUGGUUUGGCGUGGCCUUGACCUACUAUGGAAUCAGCCUCAACAUCAGUGGAUUUGGUUUAAACAUGUACCUCACACAUUUCAUCUUUGCUGCCAUUGAAGUCCCUGCUAAGCUGAUGGUCUUUUUCUUUAUCAACACCAUUGGGCGAAGGAAAUGUCAGGCUGGAACUCUGUUACUGACAGGAACCUGCGUCGUCAUUAACAUCUUUCUUCCAGAAAGUUUGUGGAAUCUGCGUUCAGCUGUUGCCAUUAUUGGAAAAGGUCUAUCAGAGGCUUCAUUCACAACUGUCAUCUUCUACACAACAGAGCUUUUCCCCACAGUUAUCAGACAAAACGGUAUGGGUUAUGUAAGCUUCAUCAGUCGUCUGGGAAUUUCAGUGGCUCCUCUCAUCCUGCUGCUGGAGGACAUGUGGAUUCUUCUUCCUCAGGUCAUCAUCGGCUGCAUGGCCAUCACUUCCGGCCUGGUGGCUCUGAUGCUUCCAGAAACAAGGAACAUGAGGCUGCCAGAGAUGAUCGAUGACAUUGAAAAGCCAAGGAAUAAAGACAUCUCUUCUCACACUGCGGGGUCCUCAGCUGUUGGCCUGGAGUCAAUGAAAUCAACAACAGAGACCGAGGAGGAGAGAGAUACGUAA